UGAAACAUUCUAUGAUAUGUCGAUGACACCAUCAAACCUCACGAAUGAUCUGAAAUCUGCAGAAUUAUGUCGGAACACUUCCUUUUUGGAAUAUGAAUUUGACUUAAUUCCUGUGUUCUACUCGAUCAUUUUUAUCCUUGGAUUUAUUGGGAACAGCUUGGUAAUAACCGUACUGUGUCUCCAAGGGGACCUCAAAACCAUUGCCAGCAUCUACAUUCUGAAUCUAGCCGUGGCUGAUUUAUUGUUUUUGGCAACGCUUCCAUUUUGGGCCAUAUACUACGCCUUUCGCUUAAACUGGCUUUUUGGAAAAGCGAUGUGCAAAAUCUCGAGCUCCCUUUUAUCUCUGAACUUAUUUGCAAGUAUUUUCCUAAUUAGCUGCAUGAGUGUGGAUCGGUACCUUGCCAUUGUGUACCCACUACGUUCUCAGAGAAGGACGCUGAGACAAGCAUUCAUUGUGGUGUUCCUGGUUUGGAGCCUAGCAAUUUUCUGCUCUUUCCCCUCGUUUUAUUUUCGCAAUACAUAUUAUAUUAAAAGCCUGGGAGUGCAAGCAUGUAUAAUGGAUUUUCCAGAAGGAGCGUAUUCAGCUUGGUGUGUGGCACUCUCCUUAUUGAAGAUCACGCUUGGCUUCUGUUUCCCAAUGGCAGUGAUCGGUACCUGCUACCUUAUGAUUGGUUUGCAUUUAAAGAAAGCAAAGGGCCCUGCGAUAAACAAGCAAUACAGAGACAGAGUCCUAAAAAUUGUGACUGCGAUUGUUUUGGCGUUUUUAAUCUGCUGGCUGCCGUUCCAUUUACUAACGUUUUUGGAUGCCUUGAUAAGAAUGAAUGCCGUUAAAAAUUGCAAAAUAGUAAAAAUGGUCGACAUGGCCAUGCCUUUCUCAAUAUGCCUUGGCUUUACAAAUAGCUGCAUUAACCCCCUGUUGUACUGUUUCGUGGGAAACCAGUUCAGAGAGGAUUUCAGGCAUUUGUUCAAUUUCAGACUUUCCCAGAAAACCAACAGCCAACACAGCACAUCAAGAAAGGGAAGCGACUCCAAAGAACAGCCAGCUGCUCGCUGUGAGAACUCCAUGGUAUGA